AUGCGCGUGCUCGGCGUCGCCGAGGGCCUGCUGACGAACGUCGAGGUCCUGGACCUGCUGCGCGAGCGCGCGGGGGAGCCGGGACGGCUGGCGACGUACCCGCAGCCGCACGACCCGUUCCCGACGGAGAUGGAGUGCUACGACGCGCUGCGCGCGGCGCCGGCGGGGGCGCAGGACCGCGAGAACGUGCGAUUGUUCAUCGAACACAUCGCGGCGAUCGAGCUGACGCAGGCGGAGGUGGUGCAGCUGAUCAAUCUGAAACCGACGGAGCGGGUGACGGUGCACGCGGUGGUGGAGAAGUGCGCGCGGAGGCUGACGGAGGACGAGGUGGACGAUUUGUUGCACUUGUGCGAGAAGUAUCUGUGA